AUGACCCGUAUAGAAGAUCUAGAACGUCCAUUUCAACAGGUUAUGAGCUCCUUUAAGCUUCCCGAUGAUUUUGUUAUGCUAACUGAUAGUAGCACGUAUGUGCCUUGGCGGAGAAGUCUUGAAAAGGCUCUUCGUAGUAAGACGGCGUCAAGAAGUUUAGUGGCCUUUAUCGUUGCAGGUACUAUUCCUGACUUUCCGGAUGAUCUUACUAUUGUUGAGAAAGAUAAGGUUUUUGAGACUCUUGAGCAUAUUACUCAUCAUAUUUUUAUCAGUACUCUCUCGGAUCCUAUUUGUCAAAGCUUAACUCUUCAUUCCGUUACAACAUUCACCGCUGCUAACAAAUAUAUUACUGAAAAAUAUGGGUUUCCUACUGUUUCUCACUUGAUUAACUUCUAUGAUUCCUUGCACAAGACGGAAGAUUAUGCUCUUACUUAUCUUGAGACCACACGCAUUCAAGAAUGUUACUCCCCUGCGGAAUUAUCUGCCAUUUACCUCCUUUUGGCUCAACCCACUUCGAUUCGUCACGCCUUCGACUCCCGGGUUCAAACCCUUCCCCCUACAAUCGUCGAUGGUGUUCCACGUCGCACACUACUUGCUUUUGAUUUAUUCCAGUCGGUAUGUGCGUCUGAAGCUAUGAGAGAACCCAAAGUGUCGACCCCUGAAAUAACUCUUGCUACCUUCAACAACAGACGACCAUUUCGUGCAGGUACCAAAAGACGUUUUUCGUCACGCAAGUUUAUCUGCUACAACUGGGGUAAGCCGGGUCAUGGUAUUUCUGAGUAUCAACAACCACUUCAAAAACCCUUUCUAGGCACGUAUGUCACUCUUAGUGCUGUUCGACACGUCCCUGCAGCUACCACUAAUCUUGUAUUGCUUUCUGCAUUCUCAGUUGAUCAUGAAAUUUCUUCUGUCAAAGAGGUGGUAUCAAGUGAAGGUACUCCCGGAAAACAGCUCAAUACAAUUGCUGAUCAAGCUAUUGUGUUAGGUCAAAUUCAAGUGCAAUUAUAUGAAAUCAAACAAGUUUCUAAAUCAAAGCACAAGUUCACAAGCGAAAUAUCGCCAACUCCAGUAGUUGAGGAAGUUAUGACAAGUGACAGUGUAAACAAUUUCACAGAAGGCAAUACCAAAGGGGCGAUUGGUCCACAAUCACAAACUAUUGGUAAUUUCUCUGGUAAAGAAAUUUUUGAUCAAUUGAAUUACAAUGAGAAGAAGGAGGCAGGAUUUGUUGAAGUAUUGUGUGAAAAGCAUGUAGGAUCGUACAAGACACAGUUAUGUAAUCUGUUGGAUGCAAACAAAUAG